AUGAAAAUAAAUAGCCAAUCAGAAUGGUUUUCUAGGUUCGGUAAGUCACAUAUCGGAGUAAAUUGCUGCUCUGAAGAGGCUUGUCUGUUUCAGAUACGGCAAAUCGGGAACGAAGAUAUCGGACUGCAGGGCCGGUCCAAGUUGCCUCGUGUUCCUAUAGGCUUGUUAAGCAUUCUAUCACGUGCUGAGAAGCGGCAAUUCCAUCAUUGCUGUGACAACGCAAGCCCAAGCAAGGAAGAUGAGAAUCCUGACGAUAAAGGCUAG